AUGACCACCAACGACAUAUCCUUCAUCGACUGUCUCUUCGAGCUUUUCUCCCGGUGCUCUUACUUCAGAGACAAAGACACUUCUGGGUAUAACUCAAGUAUGUCGAUAGUCGACAAUAAGUUCAACAAGUACCUUAGGUUCAUUGAAAAAAGCAUUAAUCAAGACUACUCUUGUUACAUUUACGACCUUAGUAUUUACGACAAGUCUCGUUACUUUGGCAAGCAGGCUAAGUACGGCGGGUAUGAUUUUAAAAAUAACUGCGUCGAGCCGCUUAAUCAUAAGGUCCAUCGUUUAUAUCCUGGCAGCCAUUCAAGGACUCUUACAAUUUAUAUCAUGGAUUAUGUUACUCAAGAAUUUAUAGAU